AUGCUCCCUCUUCCCGCCCUCACUUCAAUGAUCCCCUUCCCACACCUCUCCAACCCCUCGCCCCACCUCAUCACUCCCUACUCUCACCUCUCACUGCCUCAAUCCCUCCCCUUCCGCUCACCUCGUCUUUCCCUCCCCUCUGCUCAGCCCCCACCUGUCCGCCCGUCCUCUCACCUGCCCGUCCGUGCUCUCACCCCCCACCUGCCCGUCCGUGCUCUCACCCCCCACCUGCCCGCCAGUGUGCGCACUCACCUGCCCGCCAAUGUGCGCACUCACCUGCCCGCCAGUGUGCGCACUCACCUGCCCGCCAGUGUGCGCACUCACCUGGCCGCGCCAAGACACGAGGUGCAGGUGACCGCUGGACAGCCCCAGAAGAAUGUGAUCCUCGUCUGCCACCAUGUAGUUGCUGCCCGGGGGUGA